CUGCAUUUGCUCACUGAAGAGCAGGCUGACAGGCUCCUCACCUCCCCCCAAACCCCCCGCCCCCUCGUGCCUUUCACACGGCGGUCUCCGCGCGGCCGCUGCGUACCACCGGAGGGGAAGAGCAACCGCCGCUGCCGACCGGCGACUGCCUGCCGGCACCGCCUCCGGACCGGAGCUUUUUCCUCCCUCGCUUCCCCCUCUCUCUCUCUCUCUCCCGCUCCUCACGUCCCGAAGGGCUGAGAGCUCGCUUCACGCUCCCCCUCUCUCCCUGCCUCUGCCUCCGCCUCCCGGCUCUGAGCUCCUCUCCUCUCCUCUUCUCUCCUCUCUGCGCUGGAGGGUCUUCCGCAGGAUCGCAGCUGAGCAGCAAGGAGUCCUCUCUCGCUUUUUUUUUUUCGUCCUUCGGUCCACGUCCCGCCUCUCUCUGCGUCUCUCCCUCUCACUCCUCCUUCUCCUAUACACCUCCUCCCUCCCGCCCCUCCCUUACCCCACUCCAAAAACCGACUCACACCCAGAGGCACGCGGGGGCCAACAGGCUGACAGAGGGACAGCAAAGAGGAGCCCAGGACAGACAGACAUACAGCUGGACAGACAGACAGACAGACAGACAGACAGACGGUCAUGGAGUCCCGGAGGAAUGGCGGGACGGUCCUGCGCGGUCCUGCCCGGUCCAGCGACGUGGUCCACGCCGGAGUCACCGUCGUGCUGCUGUUCGCUGUGUGGUACGCUCAGGCGUUGGAGGUGUCGGUAGGGAAAGUCAACCACCUGGAGGCCAUGAACGGCAGCACCGUGCUCCUGCCGUGUACCUACAGCAGCUGCAUCGGCAUCAAGAACCUCUUCUUCAGCUGGCAUUACAAUGACAACGGCACCAUGAUUAAGCUGUGCGAGGCAGUAAUUCAUAUUGAAGGGGUGGAGCCAAAUGUCAAGAUUUAUCACCCCAGGGUGGACUUUGUGGGCUCAACCAAGACCCACAACAUCUCCAUCCGGCUGUGGAACAUCUCCUUUGAGGACGAUGGCGAAUACAUUUGCUUCGCCCGUAACCCCAAAGAGAAGUAUCGCAACCACAGCGCCACCUACAGACUCUAUGUGGUAGACGAAUUGAAGGUGGUUGAUAACACCUUGACGGUCAUCAUCGCAUCUGUAGUGGGAGGGGUUAUCGGACUGAUCGUCUUAGUCAUGGUUCUGAAGGCCCUCAUCCUCUUUGGACUUCGCAAAGUCAAUGAGAAGAAUAAAGAGUGCCUUGUGAGUUCUACAGGGAAUGACAACACUGAAAAUGGCCUCACAGGAUCCAAAGCUGACAAUAAAGCAACACCAAAGGCAUGAGAACAUGCAUGUGCAUACGUAUGCACAUAUAUACACAUAUAUGUAUAUAUGUACAUAUAUACUAGGUAUGUACAAUAUAUAUUCAGACAUAUACAUAUAUACACAUGUACGUAAGACCCUCUAUGGUACAAGCUGUGAAUUAUCCAUGAGUGGAUAUGGCACCUAUAUUUAGAAUUGGAAUUAAUGUUAAAAAAAGUAUAGAAUUUUUUGCAUUACAUUACUUAUUUGCUUAGCUGGAAUCCUGGCAGUCACGUUCAAAGAUUAUAUUUUUGUUUUCUUACACACUAUCCACUUAGACAGUUCGUUGUUAGAUAUUUAAUUAAGCAAUUGAGUACCUCGCACAACCAUGUGCUGUGCACCAACUGAGGUUUGAGCCCUAACCUCUGAACCAAUCAGAACAUUGCACUGCUCUGCCCCCCUCUUGAGUUUGAGUCAAUCAUACGUACAGCGCUAGCUUCUGCCCGGCAAAGUCCAGUAUGAAAACAUUCUGUCGUUUGGAAUCUUAACAAAGAGGCUUGUGCACCUGCUGCCAUAUUUUUGACCUUCACCUGAACACAAACUAACUUCAAUGUCAAGCUUCAUUGGUUGUGUGAGAGUGACUUUUCUUCAGUUUUUUCAGCUCAGUUUUUUUUCCAGCGACAUGGAAAAAAUGUUCAUUCUUUCAUGAGUCUUAAAAAAGCACAACCUAUUCUUUCAGCAGGGUCUGUGUUAAUUAUGAAUGUUAGCUUGGAUGUCAAACAAAUUGAGCACAUGUCAAAUGAGUGGCACUACAUUGGAUAUUGAAGAAAUCUGGACAAGACAAAUUUUGGUCAUUUGUGCAUGACAGUAUACCACAGGGGGAUAUAUAUAUAUAUGCUUAGGUAUGUGUGUAUAAAUGUAUGUGUGUAUGUUAAAUAGGUGUAUAGAAAGAAUGAUACAACUAUGGACUGUUUUUUUAAAAAGAAUGGUAUAGAAAUAUAAUGGAAAGGUACUACAUAUAGAUAUGAAAAAUAUAUUACAUAUAUUUUACAGUAUGCUUGACAUCGGGGAACAUUAAUUGUGCCCUAUAUUCUUUGAACUGGAUUAGAUACACCCCCAUGACAACACCAGCUGUAAACUGGACCCAAACCCGGAGUGAUGUAAACCCGACCAAACUAGAUUCAAAUUCCAUUUGCCGCUUCGUUGGGGCCUCGACGAAACCCACCCUGGCGCUCUGCCACGAGGGGCCGAAACAUCGCUUCUCAAACUCCGAACACAAGUGGACUGGGUCUUGGCGACCGGCUGCCAUUCGCGUUGCCGGGGGAAACUGGCGACCCCUGGCUAUACUUGUACGCAGCUCAGGUUUAAUACUGGAACGCGCCGUGGUCACACUGCCAAGGUCUCCAAACUGCCGUAUACUAUAACACAGCACAAGACGGAAAUCAAACACCCUGUUGAUCUUCCAGAUUUAGAGCAGGAUUUGGGGCGUCGCCUGUGAGGGUUAUGGGAACCGUAACCCCCGGGGAGCAAGAGGAACAGGGCCCCGUCCCGCCAGAGAACCCAAGAUCGCUGACAGGACCUUGCAGACUUAGGGCGUUCCAAGGAUUGCUAUGCACCCCCCAGUGCAGCUACUGCAAUACACACGGACAGGGAACUGCACUCAUAGUGUAGAAAAAAGUAUCGGAAAGCAGUAAAAAAACGGGAGAUGAUUAUAUAAAUAUACUAAUAUACAGAUUGUGCCUGUGAGAUAUCUGUAGUUCGGUUUACCUGAUUUAAACACAUACAAACACAGACGGUUUUUAUUCCACUCCACUGAAACACUGCACUGCGUACCGAUUUUAUGAAAAGCUGAGCUGCGUACAACUAUAGAAACAUCCGGAAGGUGGGGGCUGGGUGAGCAGAGGGACUGACAGUUGAUCUCAGUCCCCUGUACAAACCAAAAGAGCUCAGAUUAAAGGGAAGGGUUAUGGAAAUGGCCCAGAAAAGAGUCAUGGGGGUGUGGUUUGGAGUUGAAACCUCACUCACUGGUUUGCUUUAGAUGAAACACAGGUGCCUGUAAACGCUUAUAGCUCCCCCUGCCUUUGGGGAGGACUUUAACUGCUAUGGAAAAGUAAAACAUUUAGAAAAUGCAUUAAAAAAAAAAAAAAAUUAAAAUACAUAAAAAAUAUAUU